AUGGGAGAUGUAAUCAAGGAUCCGCCAAAUAAAAGCGGCGAAAAUCCAAAGCACGCUAACCGGGCACCUAAAGGUUAGUUUCCUAAGUAAAAAUUUUCUCUAUGUUUUUCGAUGAACUUUAAUUAAAAAGUCGGUGGCAAGAGGACGUUAGGGGUUCAAAUGAGAGCGUGGUACAUAAUUAAUUACAUCUGACGAGACGGAUGACAUCCUGUCAUUUUGACACUCUUCGCCUUUCUCUGAGCAUGAACCUCCAGAGAUGCGCUGACUCGCACUAUUGCGUUUCCGUCUGAAAAAAACAUACCUACAUAGUACGUAAGGAUAAAUUUACAUUUUACGGUGACUUUAUGAUUUUCUCAACAGGGCCAUCAUGAAAGUUUAAGUGUUUGGAGAGAAGGAAAUACUUCGAGAUUUUGAGUAUUACAUCUUCUCCAAUGGAACCAGGAGCACAACGCUCUACUAGACCAUCUAGCAGUGCGAUCAUUUAGGUGAAAAUUACAGGAGACUGCAUUAUUGAAAAGAAAUCCUAUGAAAUGAAUCAUAUUAAGCAGCAUGAACGCAAGUCUAGGUCAUGUGUUUUUUCUUCUUCUACUGGAAGAAUAAAUAUGAUCAAAAUGUCAAUUUUAAGCUGAUUUGUUUAGAGGGGUUUUGGAAUGACGUGUCCCUAUUUUUGUUCCUAAGAUAUAACAUAUAGGUCCCGGCUGCAAUACCGCUCGUGUAGGCUUACGUUCUUUUGCAUGGUUUAAUAAAGACAAAGCAAAGGUUUAAUUAUUUAACUGCUAAUAACACUGGUAUUAACUAAAAGCCCAGAUACACAUGAUUCCCUUCAUGUUACUCGGAAACUAAACAACGCAAGGUGAAACUGGAGAUCAUUUGCCAGAAAACACACAGGGAGAGCCGGUGGACUAACUGAUGAGCCGAAAACCUCCCAGGUGCGUCAGGCGAAACACUUGUGUCUGGACUUUUAGCUAAUACCUGUGUUGUCAGUAUGAUAAAUAUUUGCAUAAUUAUUUAUUACUGACUGCCUGGUGGUCGUUUUUUAAUAUUAGUUUUUUAUUCUGCAGUAACUGAUGGGUUUCAGUUCAAAUAUUCAUAUCAAAUUUCGAGGCGUGCCUAAAAAGGUAUUUUCCGAAAUAUUUACUCGAAGUUCGCGCAUUAAAUUUCUCGUAAAAUAAAUAAUGCAAAAAAGCAAACGACUUAAAAGAUUCCUAUCGACCGAACUGUUAAACACUCGGUGAACGCUUUAGUACAGCCAACGGUCCGACCAACGUAGCUACAAGGCCCCGCCGGGCGACGCGUGUUUAAUCACAUUUGGGUCAAGUUUACUCGCCCAACCCACUGCAACGUCUCGAAUCCACCAUAUACGAUACAGAAAGUUGACUGUCCAAGGAUGAUUUCCUAAUUUAUUCACCUAAAAUCCGUUGGGCUCUCGUAGCUCAGAUGGUUAGAUCGUAGGCAGUACUAAAGCCUUUCCCUUACUGUGUGGGUCCGGAUCCGACCGAGGAACUGUAUUCCUCACAGUCGGGUCAAUAUUAAUUGUUCAAAAACUCCCAAAACAUAUAUGAUUUAAAAGAUGCUUAGCAGGAGUUACUACAACGAUCACACUGUCAACCUGGAAGCAGUUACUAUUUUAAAGUCUGCUUGAUCGAUUUCACCUUUUAAGCAGAAUUGGUUUAAAACACUUCUUCAUACAUGCAAGAAACUUACCACAAUGAACUUCUAAAUUUCAAAUUAGAUCUACUCAUCGAUUGUGAAGACGAAGACUCGUUUCGUGUAACAGAAGCUGUCUUCGUCUGAAGCAUUGAACCCCCUCUUUAAGUCAUCAUUAAGUGAUGCACAUGGUAAAGACUUUAGAGUUUAAAGGCUGGUGAAUCUAUGGUUUGUAGUUCCCGCAAAAUCACCAGUUUACUGAAUGCGGCCGCUUUCGGAUACGACGCGGACGUUUUCGUUUUCGGCAUUAUUGUUUGAUCAGGCAUUUCCGAUCUCUUAAUCACCGCAUUUCUCAAAUAGCCAAUGGUGAUAUAUGUAGUUUUGAACAAGGCAAAGGCCAUUGAAUUUUGUGGCCUCUCUGUCAACUGCACACGGUCCUUGCGUAUUCAUAAGAUAUGGUAAAUUCUUCAGUCAGAGAUAGGCCUAGAGAGGUAAAACGUAAUGGGUAAAUAAAACAUAGAAAGUUGGUCUGAUAUACGGAUGCCAAUAAAUUCUGCAUGUUCCAUCGCCUUCAGUUCGUUCAAAAUUCUUUCGCGAAAACAUAGCUUCGGUAGAUGUGUGAGGUUUCGAUAUUUAGAUUUCCAGAAUUAUGAGAAAAAAACAUAUGUACUCAAGCACCCUCAUUAUCAAACGGGGCAACAUUAAUUUAUUCAGAAAGUCCUUAUACGCUUAUGUGGGCUUCCGCGCAUCUUGUACAUUUUGUAACUGGUCUGCGUCAACUCCCCUUAGAAUUUACUCUUCAGGAUGGUGAUUUCAAAUGCCGGCGUGGAUAGUCAUAAGAAUAACCUUCUUUAAACCAUCUGAUUGACUCGGGAACUCGUGUUCAAUAGGAGACUUCGUGUGCACACUCCUCACAUCUUUAGAUGAGAGAGAAGACAGGUAGUGCACAUAUCCCCUGUGUCUGCCAGUCAAGCUAAUGAAGAAAGCGAAGAUGAUACGCGUUACGUUCAAAGUUUGGCAAAAUGCCCAAAAUCUGGCACGAUGAAUCUCCUACGACUAAACGUCCAUGGGCAAGCAAAGUGAGAGGGCGUCUUGUUAUAAUCUUCCAAACGUCCUAAAUUAUACACCUUAUUACCAACCAACCGAACCGUGACAAACACUUGAAAAGAAAGUACUGGGAACGGCGACUCACUUAAAAGUUUCGGCUGCAUUUUCUUAAUUAUAUCAUAUGGUGAUUGGCUGCAACAUCUGAUAAUUUUGGGCUAAAGUACCACGUCCUGUUAGAGCGACCGACAUCCAUUUUCAGAAUGAUAGGAAUGUGGUCAAAUGGGAUGAAGUUUAAAGCAUUGAUUAAAGGUUUUCUGAUAAUCUUUAAGUCCGCAGGUUUUACAGCAAUUGUGUGAGUAUCAAUAUGGUGUUGUAUUCAGGCAAAAACUACUGUGUAUGUCAGUUCAAAAAUUACUGCCUGGAGACAAGUAGACUUAAAACGAUGGAGAUUUGUUCCAAAGCCUCCUUAGUUUUUUAUUGAAAUCUAUACCCUUACAGUCAAUCAUUUCGAAUAUUUUUGCAGUGAUCCUUAAAUAAAUACUAACCGAUUGGGUUGUUUUGGAAGCGAAUAAUCUUCAGCUUAAGAGACGGAUUUGGUGAAGACGAUGUUGCACUUUCCUAAAAUGGUGUACUGUUUGCACUGCAUUGGUCGGUCCUUGCACGUAAUUUUCUUAUUUUCCUGUUAUGUUGUCUGAUGUCUAACCGCUAGGCUAGAAGCAUGAAUUGCCUUUGGGUAUAUUGGUGGAAUUCAUUUGGGUCCUUUAAAGUUGCUGGAGUCUACAAAGCGAUGAAACACCAGGAAAAGAGGCUCAGAUGGCGAUUUGACAAGCUCCAGAACACUCAUCUAAACUGUAUUUAUAUCGUUGGGCAAAAAUAAAUUCCAUUUUCUCGGUCGGCGGUGUACACUGUGUUUCGUAAACUAAUGUGACCCGACUGCAUAAGCUAGACUUAGUGAUGUCCUGAGAUGCAUUAUCUAUCAAUUCCCUAUCUCUAGUAAAAAAAAAGCAGACAGAAGUAACAUAGACACAAUCUCUGUUAUUUUAUGGACAGACACGCGUUCGUUUUUUUAAAUUUAUGUUAGACUCAGUGGUGGCUAUUUCUAGCGUUUCUUCAUAUACAGCCCGACAAGUGUGUUGUUUUCUGCAAUACGCUAACCAGCUAGCAAUUCUCGUAAGAUUAUUGCAUACUAAGAAAAAGCACUUUUCAUGCAUCCUCUUACCUUCUGCAUUCGGGCAGUGUUUGUCUACAGCCUUUUUCCGAAGAGACAGUCCUCGAGAUUUACGUUUUGAAAUUGAUUUAUGAGAGUGUUGUAACAAAAAACCGGUAAAAUCGUAGUUGGUAGCCAGACAUUGUACGUUGAUACUGUCGUCGUACUUGUUAUCCGUAGGUAUGCUUACCCUGUCUCUGGAACUUGUUUUCAGUAGGUAUGCUCCUACUGACUUAGGCAGGUCGCCCGUUUCGGUCAGGCUGUUGGAUUUAGUGAGGGUAAAGCGAAGGUCAAGUUUUAGGAUUAGGGUUUGCGUUUUAAGGUCAGGUUUCAGUGUUAGGGUUAGGGCUAUGCUUAAGGGCUACGGUUAGGUUUAAGAUUUCGGUUUGGGUUCCCUUUAGGGUUAAAGUUAGGUUUACGGUUGUGGUUAGGGUUUGUUUUACGCUGGGUUUUAGGAGUUUGGUUAGAUUUCGGUUUCGGGACUUAGAUUUACGCUUUACGGUUACCGUCACGGUUGGAUAUUAGGGUUAUGUUUGGGGUUAGGUUUUAGGGUUAUGGUUUGGGUUAGAGUUCAAGUUUGAGGUUAGAGUAAGGUUCAGGGACCUCGCCGUCCGCUUCCCCAUUCCUGAUUACCAACCGCGACCUAACCAAAACGCCUUUUGAAGGCACUCUAAAAGGAUGCCAAAUUGAGCAAAAUCGUGUAAUAAUUACAGGUCAUCUUCCUUAAUGCGAAUUUCUAAGCACCAGGUGAAUUUUUAGGUUUUACGGGUUUCUGUCAAGGGCAUUAUGAACAAAAAUCUGUUUUAUUUUUUGUUGGAACUAAUACGAUAUUACAAUUCUAAAAGUUGUUGAAUUCAGAACUGCACAGACUUUGGGAAUUAGGUAUACAUACUUAUAUAAUAUAAAUAAUUAGCCCGCUUAAUGGCUGACAAGUGCUAAAUGACCUGGGAAAUGUGUUCGUUGCUGCGACGUGAUGUUGCACACGCUCCAUUCGGAAAUCCUGUCGUCAACCAUCAAUUCUGAAACCAAGCAACCAUCGAACCCCUGUGAGUGCUCCUAGUAAUAAUCUGUGAGUUACAUGUCAGUGCAACUGGCUGCCGGUUUUUAAGCUCUGAAAUGUAAACAAAAAUCAGAAAGGUAUACACUAGAAACGUAACUUUAAAUGCGGAUGUUGCGACUAGCACAUACAAAGAGAUGAAGAAGUAGAAGAGUGGCAAAAUUGUCAAAAGUUGUCCAGAUUCCGGAAAAAAAUAAAGUCCUCUGAAUCACCAAGUUUUCUUAGAAAGUUGGGAUACCUUUAGCUAUCUUAAAAAGCUUCCAAAAUUUGUCCAUGUUGAUGGUGCUUGUCCCCGAUAAACUCUUGUCCGACAAACUGCGUCUGAUAAGUAAUUUCACGAUGUAUAUCACUCUUGAUUAAAACAUGUUCCGAAGCGUUAAAGCGAUUUAUGAUCCAUCAACAUUAAAUGGCAGCGAAAUCGGAACACGCGUUGCCGCAUGUUGGAAUUUGUUAUUUGUAUUUCAGCAUAUUCAAACAAUAGAAGAGAAACGUCUUUGUUUAGGAGAAAAUUUUGGAACAAUGUGCACAGAUCCGCACAUUUGAUUUGUCGCCUAUGAGUAUCUAACAGAGAGCAUGACAGGGUAAUGAUCACUGUGUCGUCCAAAUAUAUGUAGGAAUAUAUAUCACCAAUCUCAAGUGAUCCACACUUGAGGUUGGGUAUGACUGACUGAUUACGGCUAAUAAGCCAGAACUGGCUAUUUCGGUCUCCCUUGUCUUUGUCGGUAUCACCUUAUCUACCUAUAUCACUAGUCGCUGUGCGACUGCCUGCGAGGGUUUAAGUAUGAGCCCCAAGGCACAACAGAACGAGCAUGUUUUGUAACCUGAUCGGUGAGCGCCCAUCUGUCAUAAUAUCCUUCUAUGCAUAACCAUAAUCACAAAUUCCAUAUGCCAAGGGCUUGCUGAUGAGCCAUAAGGGCACAGUGCAUAACUAUCCCGAGCUUUGCCUGCUCGUCAUUAGCUCUUUAGGUAAGAUCCCUUUUAGUACUCGCGCCUGUGUUGAGUUAGGGUUAGAGAGUAGAAUUAGGGGUUGGGGUUAGAGUUAGGCGUUAGGGCGGCUGGGGCUUGCCUACUGCAUAUGCGGCUGCAAAAUAAGAUCCGAUCGCCCUACAUUCUUUUUAAAUGAGGCAUGUGACAUUUAGGAAAGUAAAGCUUACGAACUGAUCCAUCGCCUUUGUUUUCAAAAAUUAAUCACUUCAUAGGAGCUGUUUAGUGAAAAAUUUAAUCCUUUCUGGUGGAAAUCAAACAGCUCGUCAAAUAACGUAUUCUACGUUUUAAAGUAUUCCUUCCACUCAUGUAUCGCCUUCCUUCUAAGCCAAACAAAACAGUUUCAAAGAAGGAGGUCGUAAGCCGUUUCUUAUUUCUGAGCAAAUAUCAUGGGCCAUGCAUCCUUUGUGCGCAGGUAAACAAACGCGUUGGACAGUGAACGGCACUUUUUGCUACAGCACUCUAAACGUUUGACUGAUCUUUUGUACGGGGGAUUAGGCGGGACAUCAAAACAGGAAAGAUCAAUUAAGACCUGCCCAAAAAUAUCAGAUAGUCGGCAUAACGUCCAGUCCAUUAAACCCGCACUUAGUGAACGCAAAUUCCCUCGCGAUGGGAUCACCAUUUUCAUACUCUGUGGGAUAAAACAGUUUUUAACUAAAUAACGCGCAAAUGGGGUGCGUGACCGAUAUCAUGAAUGUGUUGGCCGAAAUUCUGAAAUGCGUUUUCGACUAGGAAGGAUAAAUUAAGCUGGCGUUUAAAUAGUUAUUGUCAUGUAGCAUAAUCUUUAAGAUUUCAGGCUCGGCAGGAUGCGGCGUUUGACCUCCUACAGAAGCCGUACUCAGUGAAAAAGCACUACUUAAGAAGCAUGCAUUUUUCACAUUGAUUUUCGGUGAUCUCAUAAAUUUAAAUAUUUUUUAUAAAAAUUAGCCAAAAACUAUGUUUUCUUUUACUCGUUUGGUUGAAAACCACAUUUUCUUUACAUUUUAUACCGUAAAAAAGGUAAUCUUUCUGUUUUAAAAAGGCUUCUUAUUAUGAGGUUUUUAAAACCGUGCAGUGUUCAUACACACAACUACGCACAUGUCCGUUUACCAAUGUUCCUUGGGAAAUGUACAAUACAGCCCGUAUCCACUGCAAAAUAUUAUGAACUCUAUACAAUGCCGUCAUAAAGGAAUAGAGGAAUAUACAAUUUUUCUUACACGGAACGCAUGCAGCCUGCAGAUUGAAAUCGCUAAACGCUGAUCAAGCUCAAAUAAUUCUGGAAUCGCGAAACCUUUUUAAAAUCCAAGAAUACACUUUUUCGGGUAUAAAAUAUAAGACCAGUGUGAUUUUCUACGAAACACGUAAAAGUUAGGAUAUUUUGAGGCUGAUUUCUAUAAAAUAUAUUUGCAUUUAUAAGACCACCAAAAUUAAAGUGAAAAUGCAUGCUACAUAAGUAGUCAUUUUUUACCGAGUACGGCUUUUGCAGGAGGUCAGAAAAAAUGAAUUCAAAAACCGACAUUAUUUCGAGUCUGAAAUACGAGAAGCUUAUGCUACAUGUUAACAAAUAUCACAAGGCUACCUAAAUUAAUCCUUCUCAAUCGGAAACGCAUUUCAGAAUUUUGGCCAUUUCAUGAGAUCGGUCCCGCACUGUAGAAGCACAUACAGAAAAUUUAUCCAUUUAAAUAUCUUGCGGAUAGACCUAGUUCGACAAAUGCAGAUUUAAAUUUGAAACCAUUUAGAUAUGAAAGGGUUUUUGUUAGAAAGUACGAGAAGGAAAAUUUAACGAACUGUCAAUUUCGCCUGUAAUGUUAAAUAGUUUGCGUUAGUGUGUUUAAAUUCACAAGGCGCGAUCACGGUCAUUAUUGUGAAAGCUCCAAUUGUGCUUUCAUCGCCUUCAGCUUUCGGUGCUUCCAAUUACAGUGGGAAAUUCAAUUUUCUCGAUACAACAGAAAUACUCAACAGGUGUUCAUUUUCAAUAUCCCUGUUUCCUGCUUUUAUGUUUUUCCCAAAAUACCUCUUCAACAAGGAGAAAUCAUAAAACACAUCUUUCAUGUGCUUCAAAUAUUUUUGCUCUUAUAGUCUACUGGCAACUAGAUGAGCUGUUCGGACGCCUGAUGGUGAAUAUGUGACAUUUAAAACCCACGCAUCAGUUGACGCGGGAAAUGUUUUCCGUUAGGUAAAACAUAGUAUCGAAUCAUUCUUCAGUGGGUUAGGACAGCUUCGUUGGAGCGUGAUUUGCGAGUUUCGAGGAGAAGAGGAGCUUCGUUCACCCCCUGUACUGUAUUCUGCCUCUCUCUUGAGAAUCUUUUGCCUCAAAAGGGUUAAUUUAGAAGCGGAAUUCGACAUAUAACUCCAAUGCCGACAAAUAUUAUGUAGCGAUUUACAUUUAUAAAUGCCGAACCCCCAUAAUUUUCAACGGUGGUUGCUAAAUAAAUUGCAAAACUAGCAUCUUUUUAGGACAUUCGUUAGGUUAGUGACGAUGUGCAUCGGAAUGUAAUUAUCGUUAUGGUUCCGCCAGGAGGAGGUUGUAAAUUUGCAUAAACUGUUGUCUAACAAAUUUAACAAGUUGUUAUCGACUCAGCAACUAGUAUACACACAUAUUCAAAGUACUGACGGUAAACAGGAGUAUUCUAAUCAUAGAAGACUAUUAUCAGUAUGUCUACGCGCAUCCUGCCCUGUAGGAAUGACAUCUGUGAAUCGUCGUUCAUGCAAAUAAUUGCCGUCUUUCUACCUGUAAAAAAGGAUUUUGAGGAAAUUAUUCGCUAGGAAGGUGGGAGUGCAUUGCCGGUGAUUGUAUAAAAGGCUUUUGUGAAUUUGUACGUACCCUGUAUAGUGCCAAUAUGCUAUUUCUUGCAUGGGUAAAAACUGAUCAGUCUCCAUUUUAACAGAAUUCUUUUCCUCAGGAUCGUAAUUUUUCUGAAGAACGCUGUUUAAUUUAGUACAGACAUUUGUAUUCGUUACUGACUUUAGGUCUUUGUCGUGCUUUGCAAAUCGGGGUAACCCAAACACAAGUAAUUAAUGUGCAUCUGAAAGAAAUUAAUAAGUUUCAAACAGUCUCCAACGAUGGGGUCAUACUUUCGCCAAUCGCAGACUUAUUCGGCUGGCGCGCAUAUAAUAUGACGACAACAUUAUAUUAAACAGUCUGCCCUGCAUUCUAUUAAAGCGGUUUAUGUCCCCGGGACCACACUAUGAUAUCCUUAGGUACUGAUACUGUCCAAACUUAAAAAGAGAUGAAGUGGCUGUUUUUUAACAGCAAUUUUCGCAGUAAUCUUGUAAAAUUAAAUAUAAUUUGAAUUAGGUCCGUCUGCUUCACAUAUCAACGUCUCCAAAAUUGGCUCAUUUAUUGUCGUGAAAGCCUUAUUUUACCCUACGGAACGGGAUGAAGUGCUUAUCUAAGUAGGCUUUUGUUUUAUCUAAACGCAGUUUAGUAGUUUGGGGACUGAAGUAGGUGCGGCUAUGACUUCGAAUCAAUAAUGCGAAUUAAAUAUCAUUAUUUCUGAAUCGGCCAUUUAAAUCUACAUCAGUGGGAUUACAUACUGCUCUAACCUUCAUGAAUGAGGAUGCGCGAAAGAAACAACGUCUAAUCUCGCAUAAACAGUGGUUAGUACAACAUUCCGCGCGAGCCUUAAUAUUCGAAUAGUUUGUGGUUCAUCCCAUAUCGCAUCCUAAUGGCUUAUUUGACCGUUUUGGUACGCCAACGAAACCGAACCAAUAUUGACGAAGAUUCCGGCGUUACAAAGCAAUAGAUAUUAGUAACGGAGGAGACAUUAUCGCCAGAACAAGUGUCUUAUUAGCCUGACGUUUCGGAUGCUCAUUCGAGUCCAUCAUCAAAGACAGUGUCAGAUAAGGAUAAUGGAUUGCCCAGGUGUUACAAUAUUUAUAGGAUGUAUUUGUUAGGCCACAAGCCCGUUGCCCUGUCGGUUUCGAUCGGGAAUAUGCAAUGCUAGGGAGCGCUCGGCGAUCGUUCUUACGGAACUCACUCGUUCCGUUGUGCUUUACGGGCUCUCUCUCGAGCCCAACCAACAGCCGCACAGCGGUGCAUGAUAUAGGCAGUAUGUUAUUACUGACAAAGUUAAGGGAGACUGGGACGGCUUUUUAUGGCUUAUCAGCCGUCGUCAGUCAGUCACAACCAAACCCUUGUCUUAAUCGGCAAUAUUAUUCUGCCUAUACUACGCGCCGAUGUGCAGCUGCUGGUUAGGAUCGAGAGAGAGAGCCCUAGGGCACACCAUGACGAAAGAGUUUCAUAAUAACAUCUGCGACCUCUCCUCUACCAUUGUAUAUUCCCGAUCGUAACAGACAGGACAACGAUUCCGUGGCUCAGUGCUUAGAGUCCUUGGACUCCUUACCAAGAGGUCGCGGCAUCGAGCUCCAGGUUUCCCACACCUCGGAUUUAUGUAUGGCUGAUUAAUGACGGCUAAUAAGCCACAAACGGCUACUCCAGUCCCCUUGUCUUUCUCGUAAUGUUACUCUGCAUAUAUAUAGCAAUGUACAUUUGGAAUACUAAAUUUGUAGCCUACUGAUAUUUAAAAGCUGUAUUUGUCAAGUUUGAAUGAUUUGUUCAAUCUCAUGCGUGUUUUCCUCUAUUUGGCUUCCGACAAUUUAAUAAAAACCAUAUCUUCAAGGCAAAUUGGGAUGAGCAUCGUUAAAAGUUAAUUUUAUCCGCAAUAUUCAUCUAAGUGAACCAUCGAAGUAGUCUUUAGAUAUAUGUUAGUGAUUUUAUUAAUAACUGCUCCCCCUGCUCUCGUUUUAUCAGAACUAUGCCCAGCAAUAUUGGUACAAAGGAUAACAGUACUUGUGUUAACAGCAGUAGUUAACAGAUGACAUAACAGGAGGGGCUGAAAGAUUUAUGCGCUCACUCUACCUUCUCUUACAGAGGACGCUUCUGGUACUACACCCAGCAGAAAAAAGACUCUUGCAAAAAUCGUGGUAAACCGAAAGCCCUCUCUGGCAACGAACGCGGCCCCCUUGAGUUUUAUGGGUGCACUGACUGCCCAGAAGGCCCUCCGGAAGUUUCUCACGCCACAUCGGAGACUGCUGGAUAUUCUAAGUAGACGCUCCAUCGGCAGGUUGUGUGAGUUCACCUAGAGCGUUUUAUUGAAAGACUAUUAUUUCGUCUCAUGUUCUCGUCAAUCCUACAGUUACGAUUCUUAUGCCAGAUUCAGUCUAAGAUCAUGCCUCCUAGCAGAGGUAACUUGCAUGCCCUGAUUUCGAAAUGGGUGGGUUAAUCACGUCUACAGUUGGAAGCAUUAACGCAGGUAGAAUACUCCCAGCGAUCACGCCAUGUGCGUUCUUGAGCGCCAUCCGUGUGAACGCACAAGUGACCUUCAGUAUGUUUCAAGAUGAUGAACGCAUAGUAGAGGGUUAGCCGUUGUGUUACUCUGUCUAUGGUUGAGGUCGGCAUUAUAUUAUAACCAACUAUAUAGUAGGACGCCGUUCGUACUCAUUUACAGUGGGCGGUUUGAAGUAGGACCCACUCUUAUCUGAAUAUCUAUGUACUGUAAUGUUUUACGAACUUCUGAAUUUUUAGAAUUGCAUAAUAUCAUUAUUUGGUUUGCAGAUGAGGAAGUUUAGGAACGCAAUCAUUGCAAGGCAUGACAAACUUCGUCGUUCGACGGAGGCGUGUGUGUGAACAUACUCGUCACAAAACAGCCCACAACAAUAAAUAAAUGUGGCGCUUAGAUGAAUUACAAAUUAAAUUAUUAAGAAUAACCUUAAUUUCCGCUGAUACAUAACGCAUGCAAAUCUCUUUCUUCAAGUUACCGUCUCUUAUGGCGCCGCCGAGCAAAAAAAUCCGAAACACCAGAAAAGGGUGUAUCUCUGGAAGUAGUUUUAAUAUUGACAAAUCUGGAUACAUCUUCUUUGUAACACACUUUCUUAAUAUGAUGAAUGGGACCUCUGCGGGUGAAAAAUUAAACCGCUUAUUUAACGGGCACGUCCGACCGCGUCAUUACUCACGCAAUCACAGGCGCACACUCUAAACUUUGCUGACAAAUCCCACACUUUUUGAGGUAACGCAAAUCAUAAACGAAUAUCUUUAUUCAACGAUUCGUAUGGCAGAUUCCGUCAAAGGUUACGCCUCCUAGUAAACAUAACGUGCGUGCCCUGAUUUCAAAAUGGUUUGGUCAACCACGUCUCCAGUUGGAGGCAUUAACGCAGGUGGAAUACUCCCAGUGAUCACGCCAGGAGCGUUCAUGAGUGCCCUCCGUCUGAACGCACAAGUGACCUUCAGCAUGAUUCAGGAUAAUGAAAGCAUAAUAGGUGAUGACAUUGUUAGCUGUUUUGCUACUCUGUCUAUGGUUGAGGCCCGCAUGAUAUUAUAACCAACUGCUGAGUCGGUUUAUGCUACGCAGUUAUAAUAGGUAAACAAUAUAUUAGGUUGACGUUCGUACUCAUUUAGAGUAGGCGGUUUGAAGUAGGACCCACUCUUAUCUGAAUAUCCAUGUACUGUAGAGUUUUACGAACUUCUGAAUUUUUAGAAAUUCAUAAUAUCUUUAUUUGGUUUGCAGGCGAGGAGUUUUAGAAAAGCAAUCAUUACAAGGCACGAUAAACUUCGCCGCAGCAAAAAAAUUAAUGCGGCUCUUAGAUGAAUAACAAAGCCCACGUCUACUUAUCACGAAUAACUUUAAUUUCCGCUGAUUCAUAAGGUAUUCAAAUCUCAUCCUUCAACUAACCGUCUCUUUUGGCGCCGUCGAGCUGAACAGUGUGAAAAACUAGUGAUGCGUGUACCUCUGGAAGUAGUUUUACUUCCGGCAUCUCUCGAUACGUCCUAUAUGUAAGAUACUUUCUAAAUAUGGCGAAUGAGACCUCUGCGGUUAAAAAAUUAAACGGUUCAUUUAACACACAUGUCCGAACUCGUCAUUACCCAAACUCACGCAAUCACAAGUGCACACUGAAAUUUGCUGGAAAUUCCAAACUUGUAGAGGCAACGCAACGAACCUCUUUAUUCAACGAUUCUUCUUGGAUAUAUUACUGGUGCGGUAAUUAAGGAGUUGAAGACUGUUAGACGGCUUUCUUAUGCCGCCGUCAUUAAGGUUAUCAUAUGAAAAGAUUCACAAGCGCAUCUGAUAGUCGUAUGCCAUUUUCCUCUUACAUAUCAUUUUAAAGUUAAUGACAAGGAACACGGGAUUAUUAAAUGAGUGGCCUUUUAAGUGCAUUUUUAUCGACGUUGAAGCAAUGGCCCUCAAAUCAACGGGUCUGUGAGGAUUGAACUUUGGUGACCACGCCGACACUUCAGAGAGCGUCAAUCAAAUGAAACUGUCCUUAACGUAUUUCUUGUAUAUCAUCUAAUGUAGACGUGCACCAGUUCUGAGACGGUAUAAUUUUUAGAAACCGCUGUUCCGUGUCCUGCGAAAUGUAUAAAAUGCGUAGCUACCUUUCUAUGUAAGUGUCUCCAUGAGAACCCGCCAGCAUUGAGGCCCUCAAUUAGUCCGCUUAAACAGAGUUAUUACGCUAACCUAAACAAUGUAUGCAUUUCAAGAAAUGACGCCUUGCGUACUGGGCAUCCAUACGCAGGUUUCGGAAUGACGUCAGAUUUUCCUGACGCCAAUUCUUCUGUGUUUUUGCUUUGCAAAUUGUCUAUCUUCGUUCUUCGUUGACCUUUAAAAAUUACGCCCCGGUAUGACUUUGCAGCGUCUUCAGUCCGCGUGCGGUACCUGCAGUACAGUUUAUCCAUUCUUAAGGUCAUUGUUUACGGCCUCCAAAUUAGACAGACCAUUACAUAACUGCUGACGAUAAAUGCCGAGAAGUAAUGCAUACAAAUUACGCACAUAAGACUGGCCAUUUCCGACUUUUCUGAUGUCCUAGAAAGUGUCACGUAUGCAGGCUGCACAAUUUUAAAUUUGACUCCGUGCAUCUUGUUGUCAAGGUAGACCGAAGUAUUUUAUCCUGUCAUAUUUUAUGUUCUGCUAAUUUAUCUUAACUGAGGCCUUUUUGACAGAGUGGCAGGUUCUCUGAUUAGAUGAAGCAACCUAUGAUCACUCACGAGUGUCUAAAUAAUUUAGUCAUAUGAAGUGUCUAAUCUCCUACUGUAGUCACCGACUUUUAACCUGAUAAUUACAGCUAUCACAUAAGAAUCUGUUUCAGGAGAUUUUAUCGAUUAAUAGAACACUCAUCCUGAUAUCCUCGAAAUACCGACCACUCUAUAAAAUAUGUUCAAUCUCCAACACUCUAUGUAGUGUCGAUCUUAUGGUGCUACUUGCAUUUGUCAAGUAGCUGGUAUUUGAAACUGUAUUUAUAUCACUUACUGGUAGCUCUCACGUCAUUGAGUCUCUACCGUGUCGCCAUUCCAGUCGCGCCAACUUUCCAACUAGAACCAAAGCAGAUCUUCGAACCUGAACGUCUACAGAAUUUCGCACAAGAAAUUGUUCACGACGCCGUGCAAAGGCUAAUGUCGCAUUCAUCGCCUGGUACGCUCGCGAAGGCGUUGUGCAACGAAGUACGGACAGCCGUUCAGGGAAUGGGUCCAAAACGGUUAGAGUUUGUGGCUUUUUCUAUUUAGUAUACAGAUCCGUAUCAAACUUUCCUUCAGCAAACGGCCUUUUCGUCCUUAUUUCAACUAAAUAAAGACCAAUAACAACACCAAAAAUACGCUACAGUUUCCACUCUAAUUUGGACCUCGGCAUUUCAUGCGUAAGCACAGGUACUGUAUAUAAGAAGAUUCAAGUAGCGAUCUGUUACUAAAAAAUAAUGAUCCUUUAGUCAAAAGACAAACGCAUUUUUCCCACGCAUUUAUUUUCACUUCGGCCGUGGAGUUUGGCAGUGUGAAAUCGCGUUUUUAUUUGCCUUUAAGUUUUAAAAAUGGAAAAAGUGUUGCUUAGGCAGACUACAUAACAAACUGAAAACCCCUCAUCUGUCUUAUGGAAAAAAACAGUUGCAGCUAAUUAUGAAGAAAAUGAAAAAAAACUUUGUUUUGCCGCGUUUGCCAGUCAGGGCGUGGAAAAAAUUCUCACAAAUUAGUGCCCUUGCGUGAGCACAUGAAACAAACCCUGCAAUGUAUCAGGACGGAACUCAAAUUAAUAACGUCACCUGAAUCGAAAGGACGGAGCAUACGGUGUGUUCACGCUAGGUACCAAGAAUCAGCGGUAGGUGGAGAAUAAAUCAAGGAAGCCAUGCGCGUUCUACCAGACGCCUCAGUCACAUGCAGCAAUAAAAGGCAAAUUAAAUGAGAUAAGGAACGAGCGGUACUCGUGGUCGACAAAUGUUCCAGCAUAAAUGCAGAUCUUAAAGCACUGUAAACGGCAGGGUGAUCAGAAAUUUCGUUUUUAGAAUUGCGGAACAAAGUGCAGGGCAGAAGCACUUUACCCCUAGAACUCUGCAAGAAACCUUAACUUUUUAUGUCAGGUGCGGUUAUGUGGCCCUGCCUGAAGUAAAUAAGCCUCAGCCUUCUGUACUACGGGACCGGUGGCAAUAGGGGUUUUUACAGGUGGGGCCAGCAGCACACAGGUGACGAGAUCAAGCACUUGUAUGUACUAAAGCUAUUUGGAAUGCGCUGUUAUACUUUUAGUGGUUAAGAAAUAGUUGUCCCAACCCUUACCCCCAACCUUAACAUCUAACCCCAACCCAAACCCCUAACCUUGACCCCAACAGUAUGGUGUCCAUCAGGUGGGAAUAUAUAACCCCAUCUUCCCACUUUGUGGUUUCGCCACUGAAAUCCAGUGGGCGUCCCUCUAACUCCUGCGUCCAGUCUCUUGAAAAAAUGCGGUACGCCCUUAUGGAUGGCGCCCUUUUGCUAAGGCGGAUUGCGCUGCCGCAUUUGUCGUCAACGGACAUGUACACAGACGAAGUACUAGGAGUGCGGUGGGUUAGUCGUCUGCAACCUCUGUAAAUAUCGCACAAUAAUUGCAAAUGGUGUGAGUGAAUCGACUGCAGCAAUUCCUCCUGCUUCAUAUGAUCUCCACGACACCACUCACUUCAGUGAGGUUCAGGUUGCUUCGAGGGUAUUCCCUCUCCGCUGCCGGCUUAACUAUAACAAAGUAAUUUCUUAAGUAAAGAAGCAAGACUGUCUGAGCCUUUUUUAUACGCACACACCAAGACUUCACAUACUGGGUCGUGGGUUGCUCGGAUCCGACAUGUGUUAUAGUAGCAGAGACCACGUAUAUGAGUCGACGAACACACCCCCAACUUACAUGAGGGGUGCAUAGUUCAUGUUUGCACAGUGUGAUGUCGAAUGUGUCCAUCUGUAGCAAUGCGGUUUAGUUGGCGGUGGCUUACUGCAGGUUCUCAUGGAGGCCAGUACAAACAGGUAGGACCAGGCGCUGGCUGAAUAUUAUGCGGACAGCGUGGAUGGUGGUCAAGAGAUUCGUUGGUGUUCCGGGCGACGUUUGGCCAGUCUUUGUACGAUGGAUUUGGAAGUGACCGACCAAGCCGAUGCGUAUGUGUCUGUGUGACGGUACCGCGAGCAAGGUAGUUUGGAGGAUGCUCAGUCGCUUUUCAGUAUGGUGGUGCUGGUAGUGGGCACAUUAUUCGAUAAGAAGUUUACUAGACUACGAAUGGGAGAGUUGGUAAAUGUGCAAGGCGUGUUGGAUAUGUCGCUAUCGCGGUAAACUCCUUGACGUGGAUCCGCAUGUGGCCUCAUAGGCCCAUGCACUGUAUGAAUGAGUGUGGGCGGGAAAGGCAGAAGGGGACAGGAUCGCUGGAACGGAAGUUUUAUUCGCUUGGCGCCUCCAGUUCCUACUCGAGCUCAUCAUCAGAGACAACAACAAAUACAGACAGUUCAUGCACAAGGGACUCUAGUACUUGCCGGAUGCAGUCGCCAUGACACCACGUACUUAUAUAAAUUUACGGCCCCUCCAUCAUCAAGAAUUCUCGCACAUGGUGUGAUGACUGUUUUAUGGCCAACAUUCGCGUCGCUAAUUGCUGCAACUUCAUCACACCUGUUGGAUGUUGGGGUGAUGAUCGCUUAACCACCGACCGUGUCGUUGGGACUAGCGUUCGCUUGUAUGUCCCCCUCCCGUUGUUAAUUCUUCAGCCUAGUCUUUGUCUCAGUAUUUAACAUGGAAGAGGAAGGUUAUUGCACUCGUUUGCAACCUGAGUCAAACAGUUGGCGGCCUACACUGGUGUCACCUUUAGCGAGAACUUCGGCCUCACUGAAUCCGAGUGUGUGGCCGGAUCUCGUCGAAUGAACCGCAACUUGAAAACUGGUGUCAUUUCUCUGCAAAGCUGACCCGUGUUCAGCCAUUCGAGUUCGGAGCAGGCUUUCAAUUUCUCUGACAUGGGGUAACAAUCUGGAGAUGGCACCCAAAAAAAUCCGUUUACCAGAAAUAAUACCUUUAACAGUGGACUCAAACGCCUUUAGGCGCACUAGAUCCGAUAAACGACUCCAGCCGUCCCUGGCAGUGAGUCUUUCGGUUUCAUUACCUGACGCAUUAUGGUUGCUUCCGGUAUGUGUGCAACUCCAACCCAAACUGGUGCGAGAAGACGACUGAGGCCUUCUGAAGCGUUCGCCAAAAGUUGCGGCCUGCGGGAUUUGACCUUUCGUACCGUUUGUUUUUACACCUGCCGACGAAGAGUGGCGGGUAGCCAUUGGCUUUGGACACAGUCGAAGCUAUUACAGUUUAGCAAUCUUGUCUUCCGGCUCUUUGCAGUACGUUUCAACAGGCCAAUAGAGCGUCCUAGAACAACUGUGUUUAUGGUUGAUUUGGUGGUUACUAUUAAAGUUCAGUACUUCUGUUAUAUUUGUCGCUCUCCUGAACAGAUCAGUCUUUACGUUAUCAUAAUCUCUUCGGCGUUCGGGGACAUACUGAAAGGCCAGCUGGCUAUUCUCCCCCUCCUCCAUCGCAAAUUAUGUGUCUGGAAAGACAGCGUUGAGGCGUUCCUUGAAUGCCGGCAAUUGAUCCUGGUCCCUAACGACGAAGGUAUUAUCCACAUACCGGACCCUGAAUUUCGGUCUAUGAUGUCGGGAAACUAGCUCCUCUAGCCGUUGCAGGACCGCAUUGACGAUGAGUUCUAAAACCUGCGAAAACAUUGGUACGCCCCUCGCCUGCACUUGGAUUGUCUUGUCAGACAUAAACUAUCUCUUAGGACAAAGUUGUAGGAGUUGAAGCACAUAGGCUGAUGCGGCGAAUGUAUGUGGUUGCUCCUGGCAUUGCCUCCUUCUUCACAGUGUGAUAGAUUCGAAAGCGGUCGACCACGCCGUUGCGCGAGGUGAAUGUGCGAUUGCAACAAACACAGGUUUGGAUCAAGUCCACAUUAUCGGUUGCAGGCGCAUUGUUGGCGAAGGAAAUCGUUGGAGGGGUGUGGAACAUGUUCUUGUCGGUGGCGGGAGUGUGAGAGGCAAUACAGGUCGUCAUCCCGGCAAUUGUGACAGGAAUGAUGAAGGCGGUUUGCAUCGACGACGGUGGUGCAUCAUCGUAGUGGAUGCCGCAGGGUUGAUGCCAGAGCAACGAUGGCGGUGUUUUUUGGAUGCAGUUUGUGGCAUAUUGAGUUGGUGUUAUACUGGCCCGCAGACGUGCCGUGAGGUUUAUCGACGCACAAAAUGUCCGCUGUCGGUGUGGAUGGGAGUGCAUGUUGGCUCCGUGGUCACCCGCUGUUUUGAAUUCGGCAGCAGCGAUCCAGCUGUCUUCGUAGAUUGCCGCUGUCAUAUCUUCUAUAUUUCUCAAGGCCGGUCGGUCCUGAGACAGGUCCCCCUGAUCACCGCGUUGAUUUUAGGUGCAUCCAGGAGUUCUUCAGGAUGUCUUUUUAACGCUUUUUUUGUCCUCCUUGUCGGUUAACCCCGUAGAAGUGUCGUCUGCGUAAUCAUUGAUUGUCCGUCCGGACGAAUUAGCCGUUCUAUCGCAGGUACAGUUGCCUCAGCAUCAUAUGGUUGUUUAAGGCUCUGAUCAGUUCCACGACUUCCCUUUCGGUGACCCUGUCCAGCUUCCGUCCUUCCCUCCGGAGGCACUCGAUUUAGAAUGGAAUAAGUUCCUGCGAUUGAUUCCUGCAGUCAGUCUAUGUCUCUGUCGUGUAUCUUAAAGUUGUCGGAACGACCGCCCUGUAUAGUUCGAGCCUCCUUUUACUCGAAGUCUGUGUCAAUUCUAUCCUGCAGCCGAUUUAAGACCUGGCAGGCUCUGGAGAUGCAGCGGACCACUUUGUAAUCGAUUUUCCUGCUGUGUGAGGGUUUGAUGUCUAAGUAGGCGGAACUGUUCACGGUUUUGAGUUGAGUGUCGCUGAGAUUGAUGCUAGUGAGUUGUACUUUUGUGCUGGAUGACAGUUAAUUCAUGACUACCCUUUCGUCUGCGUUUAUAAUAAGUCUGAUGAUGGCGUGGUCGGCGGUUUAAAAAAAUCCAUGUUCCGUUCUAUAUCCAACAUGAGCAACAAUACUAUUCACAAUUCUCUAACAGCCGGGAAAUGUAGAUACGCAUUGGAAAGGUCAACCAAUUCCUGUGGAUCAGACUGCAGUUUCAUCCCUGCUGAUAUACUGCUCUCCUCCAACUGUUGACGAAAGCUAUUCUGGUGCGUUAGUGACGCAGAACGAUCGACUUUAACGAUGUCAGCGGGGGUACGUUCGAGUACAGGCUGUAAGGCCUACGACUUGAAUGUCAAGUUCAAUAUAGAUAUACUCACGCUGGAGUGGUCAUUGCACACAGACCCACACGGCGCUUGACGUCCUCCCUUACAAUCGUAGAAUUAUCGAUCGGAUCUUAUUUCGUAGCCGUGCCUGCAGUUGACAAGCUCUAGCCUAACGCCUAAGCCCAACCUCUAAACUUAACCACUAACCCCUAACCUCAAACCCCACCCCUGACCCUAAACAGGGGCGGCUGCGAUGUAAGACUGUGCCGAAUUAUAUUCUAUGCGACUAAAUUUUUGCAUUUCCGGCCGAGAUCCAGUCUGAACUGGUGAUCGAGCCUCGAGAUGCUUGCAACUGAAGGCCCUCACUUUUGCGCCGGUGGUUCAUUCACCCGAGGCAUUGCCAGCCCCACCGGUAAUAUCAGACGUACUUGGUUGCGUGGCAUUACUACCUGACAGAGGUGAUGGAGACCUUCCGUACGGGCGAAGGCACUAAGUUGGCCACAAAAACUCGAUUUAUUCCACCUUGGUCACGGCGACUUCCAUGGAGAAAGGAAAAUCGACUAGGAUCCGAAGUUACUCAUUGUAUGGCUAACAUUAGCAAACACCAUGCAGACGAGGAUUUUGAAUUCUCCCAGAAAGGAUUUUAUGUGUUUAACACUGAGAAUUCUGGAAAGUUAAAAAGUGUAGACUGACGUCGCUAAGGGGUGACCUGUAGGGGAUAGGAGAAAUAUGUUCAGUAAGUAGAAGCUUGUGGGCUUCUAUCCAUGCCUUUAAACGACACAGAUCGCAGAUAGGACGAAAACGCAAAGUUUGCGCUUAGAGCGAAUAAUCACGGAGACCUAUAGCGCCAAUUUUUUUAGAAUUUUUUUUAAUUAGUGAGGGCAGUGUCUACUACUCGCGGAAGAAAUCUCAUGGGAGAUAUAUCUCGGCAUCACCAAUACACCCCUAUCUGCAUUGCAUACAAGUGUACGCUGAUGGAACUCUUGUUGAAAGACGAUGAUCUACAAGUCUAAGUUACCUAAAUCAGAAGCUCGGUGACAAAGACCUACUCAACUAGCUUCAUCGGGACCGAGGUGAAGGCACUGUGCUCAGCAGGCAGUUUAAGGUAUUUGCAAAGUGUGAACCUGCGCCUAAGCUUUGCACCGCUGCGACCAAUCGAUGGCGAGGGAAAUGCCGAUCCUCGUCACGGUGUCAGCCAAUCGAAUGCUGAUUCACGCGCGUGUACGCAGUGUUUGACAGGGGUGCUAUAAAGCUAAAUCACUGUGGGAUACAGUCUCCACUGUCUGUUUUCUGUCCUUUUUAGGUACAAAUUCGUCGUGUUCUGUGUGGUCGCCGAUAAUGACAAGCAGUCCAUGCUGGUUGCAUCGCGGUGCCUCUGGAACACAAAUUUUGAUGAUUACUUCUCAGUGGAGUGCGUGGAGGAGCAGUUCGUUGUGAGCCUCACGGUGUUCGCCUCAUACGUGGAUUGA